AUAGGUUAGUAAUGAUAUAUCUACAUCUAAAUACGCUUCAGUUGCAUUUCAUACUAAACCUUCAAUGGAAUCAAUAUGUUUUUUGUUUCCUUACUAUUUUUUCUUUUAACUAUCUUCAGUUAUACCUCAUCUACCAAUGAUGCGCAUAUCAAUGAUAAUCCCAUCGUGGAAACAAAAAAUGGUUUGGUGCUUGGAGCCAAGUUUGCAGUUGAAAAUACGACAUUUUCCUAUUAUGGAUUUCAAGGAAUACCAUUUGCUGAACCUCCAAUUGGAAAAAGGAGGUUUUUGCCCCCAGAAUCGAAAAAAAAUUGGACAGGAACUCUGAACGCAACAAGAGACAUUCCAUCAUGUAUGCAGGUUGCCAAACCUGAUUCAACCAUGAAAUUAUCCGAAGAUUGUUUAGUUUUAAACGUUUACUCUCCUGAUCUAAAAGGGUUAUACCCAGUUAUGUUUUAUAUCUAUGGUGGAGCCUUUAUUUUCGGCACAGCAUCCAAGCGGAUAUAUGGUCCAGAACACUUGAUACAGGAGAAUGUAGUCAUCGUGGUCACAAACUAUCGUCUUGGCAUAUUUGGUUUCCUCAGCACACAAGAUGAUGUGGUUCCCGGAAACAAUGGACUUAGAGACCAGAUUAUGGCUUUAGAAUGGGUCAAGGAAAAUAUCAGAGCUUUUGGUGGAGAUCCAAACCGUGUUACAAUUUUUGGAGAAAGUGCAGGAUCAGCCUCUGUCUCCCUUCUCCUUCAAGCUAAGCCUGCGGAAGGGCUAUUUCAUGGUGCCAUCAUGGAAAGUGGAGUUAGCUUGUCUUUGUUCGCCAGGACCAGAGAUCCCUUGGAUAUUGCAUUCUCCACUGCGGAAGGGUUAAAUAUAAUUGCACUGACUUCCAAAGAAUUGGUGGAAAAAUUGAGAGCAGUAGAUGCUAAUGACCUUCAGAAAGCUUCAACCCAGAGCAUGUUUGUGGCAGCCGUACUGGAAAACCCUCUUGGUGGAUUGUUCUUUUCUCCAUGUUUAGAGCAUCAUCAUAAAGGUGCAGUCUUAUCUGAAUAUAAUCAUGAGAAGUUGAUGAAGGGUGGUUUCGCCAAAGUUCCUGUUAUCGUUGGUUUCAAUUCAGCAGAAGGAAAUCCUUUUGCAAUAGCUCUUAAAAAUCACCCCUUAUUGGGACUGAGGUACGACCUCGAUAACGCUCUACUUAUACCACCAAGUAUGAAUGUCAAGAAUUCUCACAAAACGGAAGUUGGUUCUGAAAUAAAGAAAUAUUACUUCGGCAAAAGAACUAUUACGUCUAGCGCACUCCACAUUAGCAAAUAUAUCACAGAUGAUCAGUUCCUUAGACCAACCAUAGAAUUUGUUCGCUUAAUCUCGGCAGUAACACCAACCUAUUUGUAUGAAUUUUCAUAUGUAGGAAGUGCAUCUAUCGGAACAAGAGAACUCCCUGGUGUUGGACAUGCCGAGGAUGUGAAGUAUCUAUGGAACGAUGGAAAACCUCUCGAUAAAAAAGACCAGAUAACAAGUAAUAAGUUGGUCAAACUGUGGACAAAUUUCGCAAAAUAUAGAAACCCCACACCUUCCAGAGAACUUAUUUUGAAAGAAGUAAUUUGGCAACCAUCAAAUUCAUUAAAUUUUUCUUAUUUACAAAUAGAUAAGACUCUUUCAAUGAAAUACAAUCCUAGAAUUAAUGAUGUCAACUUCUGGUAUUCGAUUUUUGACAAAUAUGGCAACCCACCCUAUGACACCUAUUGAUUAAAUUUGUGUUACCUA